AUGGUGGAAGGAGGAGAGGUGCACGGGGGCAUGGGAGGAGAGGAGGGGAAGAGGUGCACGGGGGCAGGGGAGGAGAGGAGGGGAAGAGGUGCACGGGGGCAGGGGAGGAGAGAAGGAGAGGAUGGUGGAACGAGGAGAGGUGAGAGGGGGCAGGGGAGGAGAGAAGGAGAGGAUGGUGGAAGGAGGAGAGGUGAGAGGGGGCAGGGGAGGACAUCACACCGUGUCUGUCUGGUGAGGAGCACCCCAGUUGCCAACAACCGGAUUCAUCUGGUUUUCAGGGAUGCAGCUAUCUAUAACCUAGCUUCCUUUUCUGUUGAAAACCGGAUGUGGAAACUCCACUCAGGUGUCUUUUUAUGCCUGCAGCAUUAGAUUAGGUGAGGAGGAGUGGGCUAAACACACACAAACCAUACGGGCCCUGAUUGUUGUAUGUGUGUUGGUGGCACCUUAAUUGGCGGAGAACGGGCUAGUGGUAAUGUCUGGAGCAGAAUGAGUGGCAUGGUGUCAAAUACAUCUAACAUGUUUUCCAGGUGUUUGAUGCCAUUCCAUUCGCUCCGUUCCAGCCAUUAUUAUGAGCCGUCCUCCCCUCAGCAGCCUCCACUGGUGUGUACUGUACAUAUUGUUGUGUGUGUAUUUGCGCACAUACGGGUGUGUGUAGUGGUUGAUUGAAUAGACUCCCUCAAAUGUUGUAUGUAUUAAUUUGUGGAUUUCCAUCACCCAUUUCGUAUGAUAUGUUACGAAUUACAAAUCGUAUUAUUUGUUACGAAUUUGCAAACGUACAACAUGUUAUGAAUUUGCAAAACUUAUGAUAUGUUAUGAAUUCUAGCUAGGUUGCUAACAUUAACUAGCUGGCUAACUUUAGCUAGGCUAGGUAGUUAAGGUUAGGGUUAGGGGAAGGGUUAGUUAAAAAGGUUAAGGUUAGCGUUGGGUUAGGGGAAGGGUUAGCUAACAUGUUAAGUAGUUGCAAGUUGCUAAUUAGCUAAAAUGCUAAAGUUGUCCGUGAUGAGAUUUGAACACACAACCUUUGGGUUGAUAGAUAUUCGCGUUAUAUCCAUCCACCUCGACAAACCACCCUACUUUUGUUUUUGCCUUAAGUAACCAUCUGUCUUAUGUAACCACACCAAACAUAACAUAUCACUCUAAUUUGUCUAGGUACGUCUAAUUACGUCUAUUCUAUGAGACCAGGCUGUUUCAUCUCAUUGUGUGUGUGAAGGUAUCGGUGAGAGAACACUGCUCAUAUAGAAGGCUUUCUCCGUCUCGGUACAUGAUUCCACUCACCUCUCAAUGAUGAAAAGCUUUUACAUAAACACACACACAUUUGCACACCCUCUCUAUAUCUUUUACACACACAUACAGUACACAGUCCCUCUCUCUCUUUUUCUCUAUCUACUUUCUCACAAACACACACACCUCUUGCGAUGUGUCUCAAAGCCCGAAUAAACAGUUCAAUUAAACAUUAAAGAGUUAAUAAACACCAAUUUAAACACCAGCCAAGCACUCAAAGCCUUAAAUGAAGUCUUGAUUAGUAACACCAGGUAUGCUACGGCUUGGCUGGAGCAAAGGGCAGCAACCCACCAGCCCUGGCAGGGGAAGUUUGACCAACCUUGGUCUAAACAUCUAAACAGUAGCUCUGUCUCAGUCUCAGGCUUACGUCCUGGUGCUAGCCUCUCCCAAUGAGAGUAAACAGUCUUCUGACAGACGGAAGAGAGAAAUGACAGGAUGCUCUCUCAUGACCCGUGCCAGUCUCUGUGUGUCUGUCUGGUCUCUGUGUCUCAUCCACUCUGUGGAAUCUUUCUCUUUCCCCACAAUAAAUCUGUUAAAUCUUCAAAUACUGCAGCCGGCUGGUGUCUGGGGCCCGUCUGGAUACAAAGUGUGAAGAGUUCUGGACUGGCUGUGUACCGAUCUCUCACAGUUCUUUCUCUCUCUCUCUCUCUCUCUCUCUCUCUCUCUCUCUCUCUCUCUCUCUCUCUCUCUCUCUCCUCUCUCUCUCUCUCUCUCUCUCUCUCUCUCUCUUACUGUCUAUCAUGUCUGUUUCUAUUUCCCCCUUGCUGCCUUUUCCUCCUAUCUAUAUUUUGAUAAUUUUUUUUCUCCCUCUGUCACCGUUCCUGUUCUUUCCUAACAGAGAUGUUUAACCCUGAGGAGGUACACUGUAUUUGAUGCUCAGUGCCAAAUGUUUAUUCUUUACCAUACAUUUCCUUGAUGGUAAACCGCAGUUUGGUCAGCAUUUAUUGUAAGAAAGUGUUCAUUAAACAAAGACAGAAGGACAUCCUAUAGAUGCAGCAGACAUUGUUGGUGCUGUAGUCUACAUAACUAACGUUACAAAUUCAGUGUUGUCAGCAUUAUGCCUAGAGUUUGAAUCAUAGGUGGGAGAUUUGUAUCACUGUGUGUGUGUGUGUGUGUGUGUAUGUGUGUGUGUGUGAGAGAGAGAGAUCCAGUGACGUAUGUUGUGAUGGAGGUUAGACAUACAGAGAGGAAGUGUGAAAAACAAAUAUGUCUGCCUUCCUUCGGUCUCCUCCUCACCUGGAGAUGGACAGAAACCCCAGAGCUCUCACACACAGGACAGGGACCGUUCAACGGGGACAGACCACAGUACAAUCAUAGAGGAGAAGAUAGCUGUAGUUUACUGUGGUCGAAUACAGACGAACUCCUCGCAUCAGUGAUCUCAAUCAGGUAAGGUUUGCUACCUGAUAUUUAAUAUUUCUAGUAUUUCAAUACGUGUGUACUCUACAAAUACUUUUCUCUCUACAUUGGUUGGUUAGGUAGUGUACUCUAGACUAGGGCCUAGAUUAAAUCCGUAGCGUGGAAGAUCUACGCUAUAGCGCAAUUUAAAUGUAAACGCAAUGUUCCUGUGUUUGCGGAGACUGCAUGUUUGUAUUAAUAUUAUUUUAGGGGGUGGAUCAGCUUUAAUAUUGCAAAUAGAUUGUGGCUUCUAUCAAUGUGAUUGUCUGCAUCAUUUCCAAUCCCCCAUAUAUAUUUUUAUAAAUAUAUAUGUUAUUUGAAAUAUAUAUAUUGUUUUGAAAUAUAUUUUCCUUUCCCCUAACCCUACCACGCCUCCCCUAAUUGGAGUAAACUAAUGGACAACAACACUUAGGCUUCUACUUCCAGCUUAUACAUACUAUAUACAUUUUUCAGACACAGUACAUUUUACAUUAGUUAUCUUUUGUUUGUUUUUAGUCCCAUCCUUCAGCUACCCUCAACCCCUCCCAUCUAUCGGAAGACCAUCCAUAUAUCUUUCAACUGUGCUGUGAUGUUUCAUAAAAGUUCUGAACCUUUCUAUUCUCAUAGUUUCUACAGAUUGUAAAUUAAAGAUAAAACAUUUUUAUUAUAAACAGUAUUAUUAUAUUAUUGAUUGAUUGACUAUGACUUUUCCGAUCACGCAGCAGUGCUAUCUGCAGAGUUAACUCCAGGUAAAUGUUGCAAUUCUUCAGCCAUUCCUGAACCUGCGACCAAAAACAAGCUACAUAUGGACAGUACCAAAACAAAUGAUCCAAUGAUUCUGUCUCUUCGCAGCAAAAUCUGCAGAACUGGGAUGGUUGUAUCCCCCCUUUAUAUGACAUUCUAUUGGUUGCAAGAAUUUUGUAUAAUAAUUUAAAUAGGAAAAGUACGUUUUGAAUCCGGCGCCGUUUUGUGUAUAAGUUCAUAAACCAUGUGCCAUGGAAUCGGUACAUCGAAAAUCUCUUCCCAAUUAUUUUUCAAUCUGUAUGUCACAGCUGUAAAUUUUUGGGUCCUGAAAUGAAAUUGGUAUACUUUUUUAUUUAUCACAACUUUCUCCCCCUUCCAAUUGCCUCUUAAUUUUUGCGGUAAUGCUGCAAUUGGUUGGUUGUAAUUUUGGAUAGUGCAGACAUUUCCAUAUAUUUUUGUUACCUGCAUAUGUGACAUAACUCCACCAGUCCUAUUUAUGGUAUCAUUUACAAAGAUUAUACCGUUUGUUAGUUUUUUUCUCCAAAAAUAAUGUUUUUUUUUAAUCAAUUCAUAUAUUUGAGUUUAACCAUAAUAUUUGUUGUAAUAUUUGUUCUGUCUUUUCUGGUGGAUUAAACUGAAAUUGCAACCAACUUUCUAUGGCUUGUUUUAUAAAUAGAGAUAUUUUGGAGAUGAUUUCAUUUUCAAAUCACCGAAAGUGAGAGGUUGUAAUCUGAAUAAAGAGAAAAAGGCCAUUCCUGAAGGCAAUGUUCCCGGAGACUGCAUUCAUGGUAAAUGCUGCAUAUGUCGGCUCAAUGGGAAAUUACCUUUCAAUUUAAAUUACGCAACAACUCGGAUCUUCCACGCUACAGAUUGAAUCUAGCCCUCGAGCACUUGUUGGCUUGGUAACAACAUUGAAAGCACAAUAGACAGGUAUUUUCCCUUUGUAUUUAUUUCUGCCUUUACCUUUCUUCCACUUUUGAUUUUCUCUGGGUGGUUUGAGGAAAUUAGUCCUUGAUUGUUCAAAGUACACUGAGCAUUUUUUCUUGCCACUGUAUCUGCCUGCAUGUGGUUUUUCUGUGUCUCCUGUCUGUCUCUGCCUAUCCAGUUCGACUGAAUAGUGUUUCUGUGUCCCUCUGUCUGUCUCUGGCUAGCCUUGUCUGACAGCAUGCAUCGUCUGUGUGUCUCAAUGUUGGUCUGCUUCAUACUCCUGGGAUUCCUCAGUUUCACAGGUAGGUGAACACCUUUGAGUAUACUCAUAGGCUGUGUUUUUCACAGGCAGCCCAGUUCUGAUCUUUUGCCCAGUUAUUGGCAAAGGAUCUGAUUGGUCAACAUACCAGAAUUGGGCUGCCUGUGUAAAUGCACCGAUACUGUCCUGAAGUACUGAACUUUGACUUUGGUCUGACUCUUUCCGUUUCCCUUCACUGUGUCUUAACCAGGAGCAGAAGAGACGGAGACUGCCACAGAGGAAGGCAAUGGUGAGCCAAUAAAUAAUGUUUUAUUAUUUGCUUGCUUGCUUACUUGAUUGAUUGAUUGAUUGAUUGAUUGAUUGAUUUGUCCCCAGGCAGGGAAAAACGUGAAAUGCCCAACUGGGCCCUGUGGUCAUCAGACUUCACAGGCUGGUUGCAGGAGCUGACGGCCCAGGCUGGUUACGACCGGAUCCAGGACCUGGCCAGGACCUACUGGGCCCACUUCCCGAUUGCCAGCUACCUGGGUUACGACAGCCCCGACCAAGACCCAGAAGAAUCUGAGGGUGUACCGGAAUGAAGUUUGCGUCAAAUGAAAUCUUUGGGGAAGUUUUAAAAUCACCACCUUUUAACCAUUGUCUGACUAUUGCAUUGAUGAAACAAUACAUAUUUAGUAGCAGACACGCAUGCAUGCACACACAGUUGAUGCUAUAAAUCUUGUAUAAACAAAUUGAUGUUUUUUUGUGCUUUUCUUUGUCAUCUAAGUCCCCUGUAGCUCAGUUGGU